CCGCGUUGCUCAACUGAGACGUUUUUCUCCUGCACCUCAACCUCCCCCGGGGCGCCCCGGGUUCCCCACGGAAACUGCCAGCCGGUGGGCUGUCCCUCGGGACAGGUGGUGGCAGGGGCGGGACGGGGCGACACCACACCCUGACCCAGCCCUCGUGCCCACCGCUCUCCCAAGCAGAGCCCAAGAGGUCUCAGGACAGGCGGACAGACGGACGGACGGACAGACGGUGUCCCUGCCAGGAUGGGGGCGCGGCCCUCCAGCGCCCUGGACGAGCAGCAGCAGAGACAAGUGAGAGGUGAGGUGGACACCCUGCUGGAGACCUUCCUGCCUUGCUACCGUGGCCAGCUGGCGGCCACGGUCCUCAGGCAGAUCUCCCAGGAGUGCAGUCCCCAGGAGCCAGCCAGGUGCCAACUACUCCGCAGCAAGAAGCUGCCUCGAGUCCGGGAGCACCGAGGGCCACUGUCGCAGCUGCGUGGCCGCCCGCCGCGGUGGCAGCCCGUGUUCUGCGUGCUGCGCGGGGACGGCCGCCUGGAGUGCUUCAGCCACAGGGAGGAAUAUGAGAAGGGGGGCCGCCCCCUGGGCUCCACCGCCCUGACGGGGUUCACGCUGCUGACCUCCCUGAGGGACUUCCUGCGCCUCCUGGACGCGCUCUGCCCGGUGUCCUCAGGGGACCCCGCCCAGGAGGAGCCCGACCCCCUCGGGGAGGUCCCCGUGAGCUUCCCCCUGUUCCUCCAGCACCCCUUCCGCCGGCCCCUCUGCUUCUCGGCGGCCAGCGCAGAGGUGCAGCGGGCCUGGAGGCUGGCCCUGCAGGGUGGCAUCCGGCUUCGGGGCACAGUCCUGCAGCGCAGCCAGGCCCCGGCCGCCCGCGCCUUCCUGGACGCCGUCCGCCUCCACCGGCAGCAUCGAGGCCACUUUGGGGACGACGACGCGACGCUGGGCUCGGACGCGGAGGUGCUGACCGCGCUGCUGAUGCGGGAGCUGCUGCCGGACUUGCGCGCGCGGACGCUGCGGGGCCUGCGCGGUGCGGGCCGCGCCCGGGCCUGGGCCUGGACCGAGCUGCUGGACGCCGUGUACGCCGCCGUCCUGGCCGGGGCCUCCGCGGGGAUCCGCGCCUUCCAGCCCGAGAAGGACGAGCUCAUGGCGGCGCUGGAACGGACGAUCCGCCCGGACGCCGACCACAUCCUGCAGCUGCGCACGCGCGCGGCCCACAGGCUGCGGGCGGACAUCCAGGGCCCGCUGGAGUCCUGCCUGCGCGGGAAGGUGGACACGCAGCUGCCCCGGGUCACGCAGGCGCUGCUGAGUUCCGUGGACGCCACGCUGGACGCGGUGCGGAGCCUGCUGGCCCGGGGCGUGGACCGCCUGUGCGGCCGUCUGCGCGGGAGCUCGGGCGCACGGCUGCGCGGGGAGGUUUACGAGUUCGGGGAAAUGCCGUGGGACCCAGAGCUGAUGCAUGUGUGCUACCGGGAAGCCGAGCGCAGCCGGGGACGCCUGGGGCAGCUGGGGGCACCCUUUGGCUUCUUGGGGACGCAGAGCCUGGUGUUUGGGGUGCAGGAUCUCGCACAGCAGCUCAUGGCCGACGCGGUGACCACCUUCCUGCAGCUGGCCGACGAGUGCCUGACCUCGGCCCUGGACUGUGACCAGGCCACCCUGCAGCUGGAGAGAGUCAGGGGGCGUGUGCUGAAGAAGUUCACCUCGGACAGUGAGUCGGCGCGGUGGAGGAGCACGCGGAGCUGGCUGCUGGGGAUCUUCCUGCCCUUCGUGCUGAGCCAGCUCGGCCCGAGACGCAAGGCGCUGCCUGACGUCGAGGGGGACGUCCUGGCCGUGGGCAACCAGGCCUUGACCACCGAGGGCAUCUACCAGGAUGUCGUUCGGGAGGCCUUGCUGCAGAGGAUUGACCGAGAAUUGAGAAAGGCACUCGGUGCUGACCACGAGUCUCGGGCUGACUGCUCAGAGGCCCCGUGGGACCAGGAUGGAGCAGCUGGGGAAACUGAGGCUCAGUGUUGACCUGACCCGGCCUCAGCCUCCUCCUGGAACAUUUGGAGACCAGUCCUCGCCCUGACCGUUGUCACUUCCGUGGGACAAUGACCCACCUGGGAUCCACCCAAGCUGCACCUGCCCAGCAGGGUUUGUGCAUUUUCUGCAAGCCCUUAGCAAACACCGGGGAUGUCACCUCGAUGCACGCAACUCAUUGCUCUAGCUUUACAUUUUUAUCAGCUUUAUUUUGAACUGCUUGGAUGACAUUGAACUUAAACUAACUGGCUGUUGGUGACUUUGGGGGGACAGGGGGUACCGGGGUUUGAACUCAGGGCCUCACGUUUGCUGGACAGGGCUCUACCACUUGAGCUACGCCACCAGCCCCUCCUUUUGUUAUUGAGAACUAGUAAUCUUGCAUAUUUAGGGUAGUAAAUAUUA